AUGAAUCCCGAGCAGGUCGGCUACCUUAAUUUUGGUAUGGCUAUUGGACUCAUAAUCGGCACAUUGACCGCAGGACCACUGUCUGAUUGGGUCGCUCAGAAGCUUACAAAACGCAAUAGUGGUAUCUGGGAAGCCGAGAUGCGUCUUCCUGCUAUAUUACCAUACGCUGUCAUCAUCACAGUCGGUACCAUAAUAGCUGCUGUUGGUUUACAAAGGGAAUGGCAUUGGGCAAUCAUUGUCGUGUUCGGCUUUGGCACUGCUGGUAUGAUGCUCAGCAGCCUUCCCACUAUUGCUAUUGCGUACGCUGUGGAUUGCUAUCGACCUGUCAGUGGCGAGAUUAUGGUUGUUGGAACAUUUAUAAAGAAUGUUGCUGGCUUCUCAUUUUCGUACUGGGUGCCAACACUGGGACUGACUCAGGGCUUUCACGUUCCUGUGCUGGUGUGGUAUGCAUUUUGCUUAUUAGCAUUUUUGCUGACGAUCCCUAUCUACUUCUGGGGUAAGCGCUUGCGUAUGCUGACUAGAAAGAGCAAAGUACACCAGCUUGAGGAGAUCAUGUAG